AUGCAAUACAAUUAAGAUAUUGAAAACAGCUCUGACUUCCAAAACUUCAAAGACUGCAGACCAAAUACCAUUCAAAAUUAGAACUCUAGUUUACUCUCAAACACUACACUAGCUGAGUCUAAUCAUAAUUACUCAAGUUAUAAAGGAAAUAAGAGUGCUAAAAGUAUAAAUAAUACUAGCAAAAGCCAUAAGUAAACUCUAGCAAUUGAUAAAAGUUAGCAACUUAAGGAUAAAACUAAAAAGCAACUUAUUGAUUAGCACUAGAAGUAUUCUAGUAAAGUAAUGCAAGCUGCUAAUACAGUCAGAGAUGGUAAUACGAUUUUUAAAACUGCUGGCUCAUAAUAAAGCUAGGGAUAUGGAUAAGGGGGUGGCAUUAUAAAAACAGUUAUUAUGCCCAAUGAAGAAAUAAACAGAUUGGGUGUUGAAGCAGAGGAGUUGAGGUAGACUCUUGGGGUCUCAAGGUAGCUAUUUGAAGAAGCUAUUCAAGGCUAUCACAAAGAUAGAAUUAUUAGGGAGCAAGAAUUCAAGUUGAAGGAAUAGGAUUUUCAUGAAAAGAUUGAAAAUCUCAAGAGAAGAGUGGCGGAGAGGUAGGAGAUCAACUAUCAUCUUAAUAAAGACUACUUCGCUUACAAGCACGUGAUCAAUAAAUCAAAGCAAAAGCUUCAAGAUGACUAUGAUCUAUUGAAAGUUGAAAAUUAAGCAUUGAAGUCAUAGUUGGAUAAAAUUAUUGAUGUAACUGAUAACGAUACAUAGUAUGCUUCAACCUUAUUCUCUUCAAAAACAAGCAAUUUUGCCUAGCGAUUUAGAAAAGCUUCUAAAGAAAAUGAAGAAGAUUUGAACAUUGUCAAGAUUCAAUAUAGUUAAGUAUAGGAUAAGUACUUAAGUGACUUGUAAAGUAUGGAAAGAAAUCUUAACUAGGUUAUUGAUAAGAGCAAGUUGAUUGUUAGCAGAAGAGCAACCGAGUCAAAUGCUUUUAAUGGGGAUGUCUAGACUCUUAAAAAGAAGGUAAAGAAUUAUGAGGCUUACAUUAAGACCUUGAAAGACUUAGUUGAUUAAGAGAAGACUCAAGAACUUGUAAAUAUACUCUAAAAAGAUGACAAAGUUGCCUGUGAUGAUGGCAGUGACAUCACUCUAGGGCAACUUCACUCAGAAGUUUCAAGAAUAGAACUUGAAGUGAGAGAGGCUAAAAAAUAUAAUGUGAAUGCUGUUUGA